CUCAGCUGGAAGUUGCUGACAGUUGUUAAAACGCCGCUUUGUUUACAGAGGAUGGUCGAUUUUAAAUUGAAACUGUUGAAACAGUCGCUUCUUACUGAAAAGCUGAUGCAGAUGCUUAGUAAAUAGUAAAACCAGAUGUUGCCAGAGGUUUUUAACUCGAAUGUAUUAUGACGAGUGUGUCCUUGGUAGGUUUGUAAAUGGAGAUCGCUUUCGUUUGAGCGCGUCUCCAGGCAGGUGACACCUGCAGCCAAGCAACCGUCCUCCCCCGGGCACCCGCACGGCCUUCACACGGCCUCCGGGGCUUCUGCUGGUCACACUCAGUUAAAACAGAAAUAAAACUAUUAGUAAACUGUCUGUUUCCUGGAGUCGGCUAAAAUGUUCACACACUCUUCACGUUAAGUGGCUAAAAACAUAUAAAUGUGUGUUAACUCCUUAAUUAGCCAAUGAACAGGGUCCGUGUGUAGUAGUGGACAUCAGAAAAACAUCCACGGGGGGUUUAACAUCAGGGACAUGCAGGCGGAACGAGCGGAGCGGAGGACACAGCCUGGCCGAGGAGGGCGAAGUGAGGGCCCGCACGGCCACGCAGAGACGCGGGGUGCACUGCCGAGAGAGGCGGUCACCUGCGCCAGGAGCUCCGAGGAGGGACUAGCAAGGUUGAAAGAGAUUACUGCCCCCAUGUGGCAGAAAGAGAAGCAGGCAGGAAAUGGAGGAAGAAAGGUGGGAAAAGAUGAAGAGGAGAAGGGGAGAGGAAGAAGCAGAGGAGAUGGAGGGUGGAGGUCAGAUGGGAGAGGGAGGAGAGCGGCAUCAGAAGGAGGUGAUGGGAGCAAGGACUCAGAGAGUCUGAGGUGGAGAGUCAAUCAGCUGGAGAAAGACAAACUGGAGCUGACGUCCAGCCACAACCAGGAGCUGUGCAGGCUGCAGGCGGAGCUGACCCGCCUGAGGUCCUCGGUGGAGCGAGGUGAAGCCCAGAGGACGGAGCUUCAAUACCAGCUGACUGUGAGUCAGAGAGAUGCCGACCAAGCUGUUGAGCUCAGCGCAGACAAACAGGCACUCACAGAGCGAGCAGCAGAGCUCCAGCAGGUGGUGCAGGAGCUGCAGAGAGCUCUGGACAUCACCCGGCGGGCCAGAGAGGAGGACCAGCAUGCUUUGCAGCAGGAGGUUGAGGAGCGUGACCGAAUGAUUCAGAGCUUCAACUGCGAGAACCAGCGACUGCACCGACUACUGCAGGAUCAUGAGAAGGCUCUGGAGGAGUCGGAGAGGAGGAUAGCGGAGGUGCAGAGGGAGAAGGAGAAGGAGGCCGAGGUGAAGAGGCGACAGGCUGACGAACUGAAAUACCUGAUGGAGAGAAUGGAAAGGAGCACGAGAGAGAAGGAGCUGUCGGAUCAGAGGGUGAAGUCUCUGGAGUCGAGCAUGGAGGCGGUGCAAGCAGCUCACCUGGAGUCCAGGUUCAACUCUGAGCUCAUCCAGCGGCGGGUGCAGGACCUGGAGGCGGCGGUGGCAGUGGAGCGAACCGGCCAGCAGGAGGCGCAGUGUAGCCUGGAGCUGCUGAGAGCCAAGUUCAGAGAGGUGGAGAGAGCUUAUGGCCUGGAGAGGGACAGGGGCGACGGCACUGAGCGCGCCCUGGAGCGGUUACAAGCCGAGUACAAACAGUAUAAAUCUGAACAAGAUGUCGCCUUGGAAACGGAGAGGAUCACGACCUCUGACCUGUCGGGGAGGCUGGAGGAAGAAAAGAGACGGCACGCUGACACACUCUCACUGCUCCAGCAGGCAGCUACGAGGCAGCGCGACAGAGAGGAGGCCUUUGGGAACUGUCUGGAGCAGAUCAGAGAAAUGGUCCAGCAGCACAGGAACACAGACUGUAGUCCUCCAGCAAAGCAUGAUGGGAGUCGGAGUCCUUCCACUGAAGUGCUGCAGCUGCUGAAGACAACACUCGACAGCUACCAGCACAGACUGGGAGAGACUGAGAAGCAGGUCCGGGAUCUGAUGCUUGCAUCUGAGAGGCUGCAGGAGGAGAACCAGGCUCUGCGACAGCUGACCUCAGAUCAGAGCAGGCAGAUGGAGGAGUCUCGGCAGGUAACGGUCAAACUGGAAGAGGAGGUGACUCGCCUUCGCCAGGAGAGCUCUGAUUGGGCGACACAAAGCCGCGUUCUGCAGGCUGAGCUGCAGAAGGAGAGGGAGAGAGAGAGGGAGGACAGGGUGGCAGAGGUGCAGAAGAUAACUGAACACUACCAGGAGGAGUCGAAGGCCUGUCUGUCCUUCCUCUACCGUGUGUACCAGCGCCUGCUGGCCGGCUGCGUCCUCCUCGACCAGCCCCACAGCAUCCUGGGUAGUUUCACCUGGGCGGAGCUGUGUGAUGUCAUCAGCGAGCAGGUUGACCAGCUGACCUCUGACCUCCUGAAGGCCAACGACAAGAUCGCCAAGCUGCAGAGCGUGUGUGAGAAGAAGAGUGCGUGUGUGCGCGAGCUGCAGCGCAGUCAGGAGUGUGUGUUGUUUCGCCUGGAGGAGAGCGUGAGGAGGAGGGAGGAGGCCUGGAGCAGCCAGCACACGCAGGCUGUCACACAGCUGCAGAACGAGCUGCAGGUGUGUCGUUCUCAGUGCGACUCUCUCCAGGAUCACGCCUCCUCUCUGGAGCACCAGUGCUUCUUGCUGACCUCUGACCUCUCCCGGCUCCAGGGCCUCCUCUCUCGAAGCCGUCAGGAGACAGCAUCCUUCUCUCUAGCCUGCGCUCUGCUGGCCGGGGCACUGAGACACACUCUCUGGCGUCUGCAAACGCUGACCGAGCAGAAAGCCCUCCUGUCCAGGCAGCUGGCAGAGAGGGAGGUGCUGGAGGGGGAGGUGAGGAGGUUGGCUGACGCUCUGGCAGGUAACGGAGACCUUGAGGAGGAAACGGGGAGGAAGGCAGUGAGGUGGUGGAGGAGGAGUGUGUGUGUGGUGUUGGCGGUGAGGAGGUGGUGUAUUCUGGGCAAAAAGACACCAGUGUUGUUUCGGCUGGAGAGAGGCGGCGGCUGUCCUGUGGUGUGCCUCAGCAGAGGGUCGGCUACGGCAGCGCAGAAGGGACAAAAUGGGCCGAGUCCAGUGGACAUGGGUGGUGAAAGUCGUGAAGAGCUGUGUGCCCGCUGGCUGCGCUCCAAGUGUCUGUCCUCCACCAUUCUGUCCUCCAUGGCUGACCUGCAGGGGGCGCUGUCACACACCGGCUCCUCCCCUCAGAAUGUCACGUCUGCAGCUCGUUCUGCUUUGUCCCGCCUCCUGGAUCACCUUUUCCACCAGUCAGACGUAGCGUCCUGCAGAGAGGACGUGGACACGCUGAGCGGCCUGCUGAGACUCGGCUUGAACAGACUGACGCCUCCGCGACCCGACGUGAAGACCCUGGUCUCCACCCUGCAGCAGCACUUCCUGCUCUUCAGCCAGCGGCUGCACUCGGCCGAGGUGGAGCGGCGGAGCCUGAGGCUGGAGGUGGCCGGUCUGAUGAGAGGGCUGAGGCGGGAGCGGGAGGACGCCUGCAGGAUGGUCCCCGCCGAGCGUUUCCACAGUGCGUGUUUGGAGCUGCGUCAGGCUGUGAACAGAGAGCAAGAGGCUCAGACGCUGAUCCUGGAUCAGACCAACCGGCUGCACACACUGCAGCUCCGAGUCAGCGCGCUCUCCUCUGAGCAGACCAACACACAACACACACUGAGCCAGACCACACAGGCUCUGUUGGAGGCUCGGCAGGAGCUGAGUCGCAAGCAGCGCUCUCUGAGGAUUCUGGGUAAACACCUGUUGGGGGUUCAGAAGGAGAGGACGCAGCUGGAGGGGCGACUGCAGCGGGCUGAAGACGCGCUGAGGGACGCCACCAGGCGUAAAGACCGUCUGAUCAGCUGCAUGACGGCCGCCGAGACGAGCUACAAGGAGGUCAGGGAAAGUCUCAUCCAAUCACGGAGCUCGCUGUCAGCACAGCCCCGCCCCCUGCUGUUACCCAGGCAGCUGAGUGGAGCAGAGAGCAUCAUGGGAGCUCCUGAGGUGGCAGUGUGCCAGAGUCUUCUCUCCGUCGUGUCUCAGCUCUUCCACACCUGCAGCUCCAGGAUCGACUGGUUGGAGCAGGAGGUCGCCGCCCAUCGCAGUCAUGUGACCGCUCUGCGCAGCGAGCUGCAGGACGCCUGUCUCCACGACAACCCGGCCUUUGUCCCUGUGGCUGAGUUUCCCCAAAGCUUCCCAUUCGAUGAGGCGGAGGCUCCUAAACCUGCCCCCCUCACUGGGUUCUCAGAGGGGCCACCAGUGAGUUUAAACACAGCCCCCUCCCAGCCAACCCCCACCACUCCAUCUGCCUUUUUCAGCCCCCCCAGGGACAGAAGGAAGGAGAGAAAACCCCUAAAACGAAGGAGAGAAAACCCCUGA